AUGAGCUUCAAAUUCAAUCAGAAUACCUUCCAACAUCCCUCAACCCCGGACAAGUCCAAAAACCAGAGUCUUUGGAGCAAUCUCUCGACAACCCCCGCUGGUCCUCCGCCGUCGGCCGCAAACCCAUUUCUACCACAUGGACAGGCACCGUCCGACGCGCUCGACACGUCGCAAUUGAAUCCGCACUCUCACCCAGAUUUCGGUCAAUCGAGCAAUUCCUUGUUCACCAAGUCCGGGGGCUUCAAGACAAAUGACAGCAUCUUCGGCUCAUCCAUUGGAUCUGAUUUCGCGCUGCCCAAAACAAGUCGGGCUCCUCCUGCGCGGCCACUUGCGCCUACACCAUCUCAAGGCCGAUUUGGUGGUACUUCCACAGGUCGUGGCGCGUUUGGCAGAUCAGUGACCUUCGAACAACAAGAUGACCUGAAUUCAUCUCAAAUGGAGGAGUACGAAGAGUACGAGGAUGAGGGCGAGGACAUGGAGCAAGGAGAUGAAACCUUGGAUGGGGAAUACGAGGAGGACAUGGAGGAAGAGCAUUCCGAAGAGGAACUUGAUCUCAACAGGAGAGAACCAUCGACCCGACUGAGCUUCCUUGACUCUAGUCACGGGAAUCCAUUUUCUGCGCCAGCGCCUGCGCCCGCGCCGGUCACCGGCCUUGGCCAGGCACGCAAGCCCAUCUAUUCCAACCCUACGGAGGCGAAACGCCCAAAGCUCAAUGAAGCGUGGGCCAAUCGAUCACCGUUGCGCAAGACCACAUUGUCACCGAAGAAGGCGUCGGCGAUGCCCUCCAUCAUCCAGAACAUGGCUUCUAGAACCCGUCUGGCCUCGGUUGACGAGCCCGGUGACAUGAUUUUUGGCACAGAAGAGACACUUUACCGCCUUUACGAUGUGGUCAACAAUGAGGAAAUGCAGCAUGUCGAUGUCGAUGCCAGUCUAGCCCACACUGUCAACAGGCUUGUCAGUUCAUGGGACAGCUGCGCUGACCGCAGUGGUAUCGCAAGACCCUACGGAUCCACGACGAGUAUUGGCCCAGGCGAGCAGGCUCCGCCACUUGUCAAAGCAAGUUUCUUGGCUUCGCUUCUGCUUGAGAUUCAUCAUCCAUCUCGUGGCUCUGCACCUAUCGCUAGCAACUCGAAUCCCCUUGCUCACAUGGCACCCAACGGCAUGGUGAAAGCGAUUCAACGUGCGAGCGUCGCGACCCCGCUUCCCCAGAUCUUGCUCGAUUGGCUAAAUGGCAAUCACGCAUCGCAUGCCAAGGAUUUGCAAGCACUGCGACACGUGGAGCCUAAUCCGACCGCUUCAUCGAAUUUCUGGGACAUUGUCAAUGCCGCGGUUCUGCGAGGCCGAUUUGUCGAGGCUGCUGAUAUCUUGCGCUCUGCGGAUUUCAACUAUGCCCGGUCCGCGCUUGAAGAUGGCUUGCCUCAGCCUGGCUACCGCGGCAUACAGCUUCAAAAUAUCCAGCGCUGUGUCAACAGAGCACUCGACAUACUGGACUCGUGCCCCGGCUUCCGAGAUGAUGAUUGGGACAUUACUGGAAAUGAUUGGAUUGAUUACCGCAAGAACGUGCUCUCCGCUGUUCACGAUCUGGAAGAAUUCGCCGAGGGUGAUGAGCGUGACCAGGCCGAGCUACCUUCGCAGAAUCAUCGAUUCCAAGCCAUCAAUUUCGGCAUGGGCGGCUUUGGUCAAGCUCCAUCACAAGCUCAGAAUGGAAUCAGCUUUACCCAGUCCGCUCGUAUGGCUGAGAGUCGUGUGCCCUGGACUAUCUAUCAAAGCCUGCGGUUGUUGUACCGAAUCAUACUCGGUGACGCCGCUGCCAUCAAAAAUACUGCGCAGGAUUGGGUUGAGGCAACUAUCUGUCUAACUGCGUGGUGGGACGGGGAAGACGAAGAGGACACGUUCCGCGCUAGUACUUCCAGCGUGGACUUCCAACGCUUCCGAGGAGCCCGGAGUCACAUGCGUGGUGUGGACCGCAAUCUUCGUGAUGCAUACCUGCGACGCUUGGAUUUGGCGUUCAGCAGUGCCACGAAUGAAAAUUCCGACGAUGCUAGUUUCCGGGUGAAUACUAUGAACAGCUUGGAGGUUGGGCUUGCCUCUGUGUUUGAAGGAAAUGUACAAGGUGUUCUUAGACUUCUUGAAACAUGGUCCCUUUGUAUCACGUCCGCCAUUACUGAGGUUGCUCAUAUUGGCGGAUGGCUCCAGGACGGCGGCUCUCAGAAGGUCUCUGGGUUGAAUGAGAAUGAUCUGAUGGUGUUGUCCUACGGGCAAGGAAGCGCUUCUCCCUCCCUUGGUCUCACCCGAGACGAAGCUCUGCGGGACUAUGCUCUGGGACUGUAUGAACGGGGCUUCGUCGAAAAUGAGUCUUUGAGGCGGGACGGCUGGGAGCUUGCUCUUGAGGUGCUCUCUCGGAUGCACGAUGCGGUGAUGAUGAAAAAGGCAGUCUCAGAAAUUGUUGAAAAAUUACCACUGGACAAUCUUGAACAGCUCGACAAGUUGGUCAUUCUUUGCUCAGACCUGGGCUUGGAAGAGCAAGGUCGAAAGAUUGCUGAGCGCUUUGGCGAUCAAACGACCGAUACCUCGGAAAAGUAUGGUCUCGCGCUUGUCAGCUAUGCCCGCGCGCACAACCGUCGUAAGGUUCGCGCCGUUGUUGAAUUGCUGAUCUCUUUCAGUCUGGUGCAGUCGCGGGCAUACCCUGCUGCGGCUGAUAUGGAUGAAGAGCUUCGAUCCUUGCUCCAGGACCCCAAGACAUGUCUUUCGACGAUUGCCUCGGUCAACGAGGAAGCAGCCCGCAUUCUUCAGUUCUAUCUCAGUGGUUAUGCGACUCUUCGUCGCUUCUACGAGAUCCGGGACGAGGCUUUGGGGCUCGAGGAAGGCCAGCAACCGCGAUUCAAACCGCUUGCUCGCCGUCGCGCUGCCGCCAAGGCCCUUGCCGCGGUCAUCAGCAGUGCCGCCGACAACAUCUAUGGCGGAUUGUUCGAUCCAGACCGUGACUCCGCCGUGCAGGUUGAUGGAUUAAUGGCGCUUUUGGGCGAGGCGUUAGUGUUUGUCAACCAGCCGUCUCUUGUUCUCUCCAUCUCGCAACAAUUUACCAUUUUGUCGGCCAUCGAAGAUCUCGAGACCGUUACUCCACGGGUGUAUGCUCAGUGCGAGGAGUGUUUCCAGUCUACUCUCCUGUCUGCCAAUACUGCCGGCACCACCGCUUCCCCGCCUUCGCCUCACUCCCUCCUCAAGAAGUCUGUUUCUGCACUCUCCGCGUCCACAUUCUCCAUCAUCGGCUCCGACAUUCUCGGAUCCGCUCGAACUCAGUCUGCCUCUGGCUCAGGGCACGAGUCACCUAUGAACUCCGGCGUGCUGGUUCCACAACCCGGCGACAAGGGAGCCGAUUCGGUCCGAGGCUGGGACUGGCGAGUUGGUCUACCUGAGGGUACUCGUGGAGAGGACGUGCUCCGGAUGCUGCGUCUGGGCUUAGCGCGUGGGUUGAGCACCGGCGCUUUGGGCUCUGUGUGA